GCCCGGGUUGAAAAGUAGAAAGCCCAGUAGCCGCUGUUGCAAAGAGUCAGCAGCGAAGUCGCGUCCGCGAGGAAGGAGAUCGCCUCGGCGGCGGCCGUUCAUCGAGGGAGAUCGCCUCGGCGCCCGCCGGAAAAUCGCCUCUCGAUCCGUCCGUGUCGGCGGAGGAAGGAGAUCACGGAGGGUGGAGAAGAAGGUCAGUUCCUCCCUUUUGUCCCCUGUAAAUCUGUCUCGCGGAUCGAUCUCGCGGCGCCUCGGCGGCCAUGGAGCCGGAUCUGGACAUGGCGGCCCUGAGAAAGAAGCUAGAGGAUGAGGUGCUCGGCACCUGGCUGUGGGACAGGGAGCUGGACUCCAUCCUGCAGGAACAGCAAGAGCGAGACGACGAAGGCGAUUACGAGUACUACGAAUCAGACCAAGAAGAAGAGGAGCUCCACUAUGGUGGUUCUUGGGGAUACGGGUAUACCUUCUACUACGAGGACGGGAACCCUUAUUACGUCGCCGACAUGGAGGAGAGGUGGGAGAAUCAGAUGCGGUGUCCGCCGACCAGGUCCUGCGCCAAGAGAUCAAGGGGGAUCUGGGAGGGGUCUCUUCAGGUCGAGGGCCCGUGUCAGCUCGAUCCAACACUGUUAUCUGCUCAAAGCUUGCUGCCUCUAUUGCCAAGAUGGGAAAACCGUUGGGUCGACAAAAGGGAGAAUGAACCUUGUCGACGGGCCAUCCAAGUGUUUAGUUUGAAUUUAUCGUCUCCUCACGAUGCCACCUUAGAGGUCUACGGCAUGUUUGCAUUCCGAGAUGUACGAAACAACCAACUACGCAACUAUGUCUUUGAAUACUCUAGAGACAAACCAUGUAAGCUUAAGCCGGGCUCUUGUAAGCUUCAACCUCUACUUUACCCACAUCAAGGCAUCUAUGCGGUUGGGCUUGUGCUAAUUGAAUACCGUUUGCUAAUUUAACUUUCCGGUUUGCCCAACGGAUUUUUAGUGAAGGCAAGGGGAUUGAAUCGGAGGAGAGAGCAAUUACCUCUACAGCAUCAGCAUGACUGACUUCGGUGUCAUCCUGGCAAUGAUCAUUAUCAAUAAGGCGUGUGAAAAAUAAACCAAGUGAAUCAAGCUCUACCUCAAGGUCCGGGUUACCCACAUCCUCGUCAGCUGCCGGAUCAGAAGAUGAAGUGGUUUUAUUCCUAUUAGCGGGCCUCUUCACAACUCUGGUUUUGGGCCGGGUUGGUCUCUCUGGCUUCUCCGGUUUCUCUUGUGGAGGCUUCUUGCUCCAAAACGGAUCAUCGCCCUGUUUGAAAGAUGUUGAUGUUAGCGGUUGAUAAUUUGAACAGGCAGAUUUGAUAAAAAGUGCAAGGUAUGAGUCUUACAGCUGGCGGUUUGUUAACGGCACAAAAGGGAGCCAGGACGGUUUGAGCACAGACAACUUCUGGUUCAUUCAGUAUCUUUUUCACAGCUUCUGUAACUUCCUCAUCUGUGAGCUGAAUAUCAUUAUGUCGAAGAGGGUCUUUUUCACUUCCUGUGUACUCGCACAUCAAACUGGAGCGCUGGCUUAAGGGCAAUAUGCUCCAUGAUAUCCAGCAGCGAGCAAGGUCGACCCCUGUCAGCCCAUUAGCCAUGA